CCUUGAGUUGUGCAGCGUGAGUUGUGCACCGGCCCCGUCGACCGGGUUGUGGCGGGAACUUUCGACCACUCCCGGUUUCCACGUCUCAUGCCGCUGCCGGGGACACCGCCCUCUGGACCUCCAAGAGCUCCACUGCUGCCCCGCUUUUGCGAGUUGGAAGAAUCCGACGAUUGGCACGAGUGUCAAGAUUCUCUCACCGAUUUUUCGAGGAACAUCAGCAGCUUCAGCACCGAAAGCACGCCAGGGCUUACGACGCGACCGUCGGCGCCCACCAGCGGCGCGGCGAGCCCCGUGGGCUCAGGCCCUUCGCAGAUCGUUCAACGCUGGGACUGCACCUCUGGAUAUCGGACACCAGACCGUCCGCGCGGAUUCGUGAGAUGCUUCGAACGCCCGGAACCGCCAAAGCGGCGGCAGAGCACCUCCAGUGUCCAACAGCUCUCACAGGAGGCGCUGCUGGCGCCCGCGCGGGAGCUGCGGCGGAGCUCGAUGGUUCCACCGGUGGAUGCGGAGAAGGCACAGAAGGAUCUGGAAGAGACGCGAGAGUUGCUGCAGAGGUGCAUCACGGAUCUCACUCAGCAGACGAUGUACGACCAGAUGCUGGAAAAGUUCAGACCUUUCCUGUCGGCACUGAGCCGAGCGGAGGCGCUGCUUCGGCGGGAAAAGGCCGAGCCACUCCUGGGAGCCUUAGAACCCAAGGGACGAAUCUUGACGUUCAUCCUGGACCUGCACCAGCAGAAGCGCCAGUACCGUCGCCAGACCGCCUGCUCCUUGAACGUGCUCUUGCAGUGUCAAUCUUGGCUGGAAGCUUAUCUUCGAGAAGGUUUGCUCCCUCGAACCCCACAGGACCUCUUACUGGCGCUCCCCGUGCUGCAGCGGCCUAUGCUACCGGAACCCAAGCGGCUGAACCCACCGGUACCGGAGCAUCCACAGGAAGGGCUCGAGGCGAUGCCUCCCAGCAUCUCGUCGCCCACGCGCCGUGAGGCCGUGGAGGCGGACGUGAAGGUCGUCAGGGAGAAGCGCGCCCGCAGGGCGACCAGAAGACCUGAAGAGCCGCUGGGUGAUCUUCUGCUGAAGAGCCGCGAUCAAGCAGAGGCCUUGGGCUAUGCCGCCGGUGGGGACCCAGAUGAGGUCCAAGUGGCUUUUGAGACCUUCCACCGUGCCGUGCGGCAGGCCUUCGAGAAGUCGAGUGCCUCGAAGGGGCGUGUGAAGUUGGAAGGCUUAGCUUCCAAGUACGAAAUGGUGGCCUUCCUCGUCGAUGUGGGCGUGAAACGAAAGGCCUGGAGAUCCAGGGUCUUCUACGUGUUGACGAAGCUCACGGAGUUGGAGGCCUGGCAGACGCAUCUUCAGAGCCCCGAGGUUCAAGAGUUCUUAGACGCACAGUCGCCGGCGGCGCGGCGCAGCGCCUGGCACGCCGGGUCGCCGAUGGCGGAGUCGCCGCAGCACUCGGAGCCCGAGCCGGAGCAGAGCGCGCCCCACGCACCGCAGGUGAAAUCAUGCGGAGCCUCUCCGACACAGGUCGAGGAGGGUGAGGCUUGUGGCACCCCAAGUUGGAGAGACAUGGCCAGGUUAAAGGCGCCGUGGUACGUGCGCAUGUGCUUCUCUGUCCUGGGCGUCGAUCGGACCUUGAGGUUCUGCAAGUGCUUUGUACCGAGAGACAUCCACCAAAUGGCGGAUUGGAGUCGUCAGGACCCACGGAUCUUCAUCUGUUCCGACAUGGACCGCUGCUAUCUGCGGCGCAAGAGCGGUCAAUUGUGGACCGACUUCGGGACGUCUUGGUGGCUGAAGCCCCGGUUCUGCACGGGAAGAGGUGUUUUCCAUGUUUUCCGGUCCGCAGAUCUCAGAAAGCAGUCCGCACCGCCGGAGUUGAGGGCUUCGGAGAGAGACCUUCUCGUCAUCAAAGUCCCCUAGCAGCUCUACCACUUGCUUGGAUGGCCC